GCAGUUAUUGCAGAUCAAGACAGAAGACAUAUGCUAUGAGCGAUAAUGAUAUAAACUACAAACGACAGGGUAGUAUUACAGAGGGUGUAGCAGAUGUCACAUACUCAAGUUCUUCUCAUAAAAGUGCAAAGUUAUGCGAUGGAAACCAGAAACAAAAAGCAUCAGAUGAUAUAGAACAUGGAAUUUACACUGAAGAUUACACUUAUCCAGAAGAAGAAACUCAAACACCUGACCGAACACCCCUGCAGUCAUCAAUUCCAUCACCUGAUAAACCAACAAUUAACGUUCGUCAAAAACUUGGUGACACUGAUGUAAAAAGACAACGUCAGCCUUCACCAGUCCUUGAAAGUGAAAGUGAUGAUAGUGAUGAUGAAGAAGUUUGUGAUUUUACACCUCCAAUUCCGGCUCGUUCAACAGGUUAUAACGCUGAUGGACUCUCAAAACGUAAUACCAAAGAUAUAAGUUAUGAUAGUAAUGAUUUGGCUGUUCAUGUUCAUGAAGUGAAAGUUGAAAUAAGUGAAACGAGUUCAUUCGCAGCAGAAAACGAAGGCUACGUUCCAGAAGAAGAAAGUUUACUGACUAGACGCUUACCUCCUCCAAUACCCACUGAACAUGACGAUUGUAAUAACACUGUAAGAACUAGACGUUUACCUCCUCCUGUACCGGAAGCACAAAAUGAUUGCAUCGAAAAUGUACCACGUAGACGUUCACCUCAUCCAAUACCCGAAGAAUAUGAUGAUUACAACGGAAUAAGUAAUGGUGAUGGAAGCCAGUCUUCAUCCGAUGAACACGGACCAAUGAGCUCAGCUUCUUACACAAGCUACAGUGGUAACCCAAAUGAAGUUUUAGCAAGUAUUCCUCAAACAACCGGAAUUCGACAAGAAAAACAAUACUCCGAUCACUACAAUUCCAUGCCGAAUGCCAUGGAUUCAUGGAAGGAGCCAUUGACAGCUGUCAAAACAAUUGUUGCAGACAAUGAAGAAACGUUCGUAAUGGAAACAGAUACCAAAGAAGAUGAAAAUUGAUGAUUUUGAAGACCAUGUAUUGCUUCCCUGGACUUUCCCGUAUACAUAAGUCGGACAAAAUGAGAUGAAUUUACAUAGUGUAUUCAACCCUAUAUUUAUAUAUAUAGCAUAAUAGGACAAUAUCCAGAUUUACAUUCUUUGUCUACUCUUUCCUAAGCAUUUUUUACAUUGAUAUCACCCCUUUUGCAAAAAUAUUUUUCAGCUGGAACCAUACAAUUUUAGCAACAUUGAGGCAAUCAACCCAUCAAUUUUAUUUAUGAUUUGCAAACUUUUGGAUAAUGUUCCUACUGUGUCAAUUCGGUUUACAGGAAAGGGAAUUUUUAAUGUCGUUUUAUGGCUUUGCUGUGUGCAACAUUAUAUAGUUUUCUGAAAUUCUUAACAUUAACCCAAUCAUUUUACUGAUGUAAAUAGUGCCUGUACCUAAUAUCUGAUGAGACUUGUGUGUUAUGAAAAUAUAAGGUACAUGUAGUUUAUAUCUAGGAACCUACACAUAAUAUUACUUUAGUACCGUUUUCAUCGCCAUUAGCUGUUUUAUGAUAGAUUUGUUCAUACACAAACAGAGAAUUCAAUUAUGUGGUGCGGAAGUGCUUCAUGAUCGUCACUUGCUUUUAUUUCGUAUAAAUUAAACAUAAUUCAAUUUUCAUAUUUACAGAUCUUCAAAAUAAAUCUUCAUGCUAUUAACAUUUCGAAUCUAAAAUUCGAAAAGUUCGACAGAAAAAGUGCUGCAGCAUUCCACGUGAAAUCAAUUAUCUGUCAUAUGGGUGAAGAUGUAGAUUUCAAAAUAGAUCAAUCAUGCAAUAUUUAUUUAAUUUAGAUGAUUAAUAUACAUGAAUAUAAUAGGAUUAUAUUCAUCGUUUCAUUUUUCUAUUAAGCAAUUAUAUAAUUAUUUACAACAUGCAUUGUAAAUUAUCAACUUUUUUCAAAUUAAUAUAAAAAAAAAAGACUUUUGAAAAGUACAUGAACAUGAGUAAAAAGGUUUUUGAAGGUAAACCCGUACCUUUCAUGCCUUCAUGCCACCUCAAACACCCCUAUAUAAAAACAUGUUCAAAAGUGCAUGAAUACUAGUACUGCCACACUUAUAAAUGUACAACAUGUGACCUAUCCGUUAAUUUAAUUAGAUAAACAGUCUCUAUGAAUCAGAUUUGAUUAUACGAUACUUAAGUUGUAGACGAACAUUAAUGUCUGUUCACUACACUCGAUGCAAUCAUUCUUUGGAACCAUAACGUGUAAAAUUACUUUUCGAAAGGUACAGAGGUAAGAACUUGAGUGAACAUUGAUAUGCCUUGCCAUCUAUUGUGUUGUUUUAUUCGCUAUCAUCAAUGCUAUAUAAGCCCAAGUUCGUCACGCGCAAGUUUAUUGCAAUACUGAAUACUGAAGUAAUGUUUGCACGGCAUG